AUGACGGAGCAAGACGAGACACGCAACAGCAGGGACGAUAAUAUCAGCGGCGACGAUGACUCGGAGAAUGACCAUCACCAUUUGGAGGAAGACGAUCAACAGCACCGCAAACGAACUUGGGAAGAGUCGUUUGCGUUGUUGGAAGCGUAUCAAAAAAAGCACGGCCAUUGUCAAGUGCCAAUUCGGUUUGACCAAGAUCGACGAUUGGGCCGAUGGGUGUACAGUCAAAGAAUUCGACGCGACAAAUUGACGUCGGAUCAAAUUCGUCGUUUGGAAGAAUUGGGGUUUGAACACGACGAUGACGAUGACGAUGAAAAUGACCAAGCCACCAAAACAACAAUCACUACAUCUAUCAGACGCGCCAGUCAUCACGAGUUGGAAGAAGACGAUGAUGAGGACGAAGAAGAGGACGACGAUGAGGAAGAAGAAGAAGUCUCACCAGCGCCACCACCUCCCACGGACGACGAUUUGCUAGAAUCAGGUUUUACUCAAACUGGUAGAAGGAGAAAGACCGUGAAACGAUACGGAAUCACCGACAAUGAUGAUGAGAGUGACAUUGCCAGACGACGAAAAGAGCAACUACAACAACAACGCCAAGAGCGACGACAACGACAACAACAACAGCAUCAACCGCCUAAACCAAAAGCAAACACCUCAACGGUCACUACUACUAUUACUACCCCUUCUACUACGACCACAUCUACUACUAUGACCGCUCCCAAACAAUCUCCAACGCCCAAGAAAGUGGUGCCAGCGCCCGCACCAACGCCUCCUCCCCCGGAAGAAGACGACGAGGAUGAAGAAGAAGACCCCGAUUACGACUCGGAACAGGAACGAAGAGCGCGUGAAAGGAGACGGAAGCAACGACGACAACAGCAACAACAAACUGCCAACAAGAGAGGAAGACCCAAAGGACGACCACGAGGGCGACCUCGAAAGGAGACUCUCCAAGAAAAGCUAGAACAAAUUGUUGUGGGAUCGCGUCUCGCCGUUCUAUGGCCGGCGGAAAAUGAGUACUAUCGCGCAAGUGUCUCCAAAGUGGUGGAAGGACGAAAACGACCCUACUACCUCGAAUACGACGAUGGGGAAACCGAAUGGAUCGAUUUGGCGACGGGAAUGACGGAAUUUUUAGUUUUGACGCCACGGAUUGGACCCAGAAAACGAAAUCGAUCCAAAGCGUCGUCGUCUAGUAACAACAACCACAACAAUUCGGCAUCCUCUUCCUCACAACCCAGUACACCGACACGUACGAUGAUGUCACAACACAAGACGGAUUCUUGCUCACGAACGACACCCACAAGUGCUGCGCGUUCAACAACAAGUAGUACAAACCAUAACCACAACAACAACAGCCCACCGGACAUUCAGAUUGGAGCACGUGUUUCCGUCUACUGGAGCGAUGACGAACAGUACUACGAAGCAACCGUCGUCAAGCAACGAAGAGACAGAAAUCAUCCAAAGCCAUUCAAACUGGAAUACGAAGACGGGGAAUAUGAAUGGAUCGACCUACAUCAAGUCAAGUUUCGAUUUCUCGACCGGGGAGAUGACUCUGUCAUUUCACCGCAUCAAACCUGCCGAGUCAAAGCUAUGAACGGACGUGACCAUGGUGGCGACAGACGACGCAACAUUACCACUUCCGAAGAUUCUUCUAGUUCUUCAGGCUCCGCUUCAGAUUCCUCCUCGUCGUCUACUUCGGGUGAUGACAGCGACAUUGAACUCGUCUCAGAUGUUAGGCAAGUGCACGUGGGGGCUCGUGUGGCUGUCUACUGGUCCGAGGAGGAGCGCUACUUUGAGGGGACGGUUACAGAACAUCGAAUGGGGCAUCCACGGCCAUUCUUCAUGCAGUACGAUGACGGGGACACUCAAUGGUUGGAUUUGCGAACUCGAAACUUUUGUGUGCUGAAAAGAUGUCAACGAAGAAAAAAACGUCGAAGGAGCAGUAGUGGGCGCAAAAGGAGACGACGUCGCAUCGAUACUUCCAGUAGUGAUAGCAGCAGCGGCAGCGAGCAAGAACGACAUCGUGCUGUUGGCGGUCGGUUCUCAUUGGCCAGACAGAAUGUAAGGAGAAAACCGCCGCCGGCUGCUAGCCGAUCCAGACCCAAGUGUCUCAGCCCCACACCAACAGAGACAUCUGCUACUACGGACGACGAAAGGGAAGAUCGUCUAGAGUCACGGGAAGAGCCACACCCUCACAAGGAAAUUGCGCUGGGGACUCGGGUGGCUGUUUUUUGCCCAAUCAAGGACAAGUUCUUGGAUGGCACUGUCACGCAUCGUCAGAUCCCUCGCAACAGCCGGAGUAAGCCAUGUUACUUUGUUACUUACGACAAGGGACACAGUGAAUGGGUCGAGUUACCGAAACGGAAGGUCAGGUUUCUCACCGAGGAGGAUGCAAGCAUUGCGACCAAGAUUCCGGGUGCAAAGCGAGGCCGCAAGAGGAAACCACAUGACUCUCCUUUGCUUCGGAUGCUCAGGGAAAAGGAGGCACGAAAAGCAAAUCCAGAUUUGGAGAUGGACGAUGAUGAGGAGCCAGACAAGCCCAAGACUAUCGAAGAAGACGAAAAGAGACCAGAGACAACUGAUGACGACGACGACGAGGAAUCUUCAUCGGAUUCCGAAGAAAGCCUUGAUGCCACCUCUGAAGACGAGGAAUCUAUACAAGUUGAAGUAGAACCAGAGGUUCCCGAGAAGCCUCUGGUCAUGGAACAAGUUGGAAUUGGCACUCGCAUCGCUGUUCAGUGUCCCAAAGAGCUGAAGUUCAUGGAGGGUAUUGUUACGCGAUUGAUUCGGAACAGGCGGAAGCCGCUUUAUGUGGAGUAUGACAUUGGUGGUUUUGAAUGGAUUGAUUUGCACUCUAGCACAGUGAAGCUUCUGACGGAAGAAGAGGAAAAACUGCUAAAGGAGCAAUCUGCCAUUGUUAUCAAAGAGGAGUUCGAAGAGGCUUUGCCGGAAGUCCAAACGGAACCAUGCAUCUUUGACGAGGAUGUUAAUGGUAACAAGGACGUCAUGGAAGUCGAUGAUGAUGCACCCGCCAGCAAAAGUGAGGUUGAUGUUGUGGUGGACGCAGAAGGUGCCGACGACAGCAACAAAGAAGAAACCGCUGCGGAAAGGGUGGAUGGCGCGGAAGCUGAGGCAACAAAAGACACAACAACACCUGCGUCCAACUUGGAUGGAGAGUCGAAAAUGGAUGUUGAGAUGACGGAUGUGUCUAUGGAAGCGGAAGAAACGGAAGAAGUCAGUACUUUAGAGGCGAAAACAUCUAGCGAAAAUGAGAAUGAAGAGUCGGUUGAGAACAGUGUGCCGCAGCUUGAAGAUGAAGUUAUUGAACAAUCUCUGCCACCUGCUUCGUCGGAAGAAGCACCGCGGGAGAAACAUACUGAAACCCAUCAGACGCCGCCAACGAUCGCGAAACCUGAAAAGGAACAACCAACAAUCAUAGUUCCUGAUUCUUGCGACAACGACUACGUCCAUAAGCCACCCUCUACCCAUGCGUCUCUGAAGCCUUCUGGGCUUAUUGGAGUUUCCAAAAUUGACAUACCAACAAGAGUGUCCGAUAGCGAAGCCGCAUCCUGUUCCGAAAAAGACAGUCCCACCGGAGUUGCUUGUUUGCUUGGCGCUUCUUCUUCAAGCCGCAACAAAGCAAGUAAGGUGGCAGAGAGCCUUGUCGUUUCGGUGGCGAUUCCAGAGCCAACUGUUCCGCUUAAACCAGUCAAACCUUCUGAAAGCACAGUUGCGCCGAACGGCUCCGCUGCUGACAAUAUGCCAACAACAAAAGGUCACGACGUGUCCACUGACCCAGCAGCAAUUAUUACAACAACUGAUCCUCCCCCAAGCGAUAUAGUCCGCGUUGCCCCAGUUUCUAUCGUGAGCGAGACGAUUGCUGAUGGGCUUCCCAAAUGCGGUGAUGUUGUCACAAUCAACAGAGAAAAGGAGCUGCAUGAAGUUAAUUUGAACAUUUCUGGUGGAAACUCCUGCAAAAUCGAUCGCACUGAAACUGUUCGCCGAGUUAGCAGCGAAGCAAGUGUCGAUGACCCGGUGGCGCAGAAUGCCAAGCAACCCGACGAGCAAGAACAGGAUGUUAACGCCAAGCAUGGGGAGAACCCAGCACCAAAGGAUGAGGACAACGACGCUAAAGCGUUGUCUCCGGUAGGGCAAGAAUCGCACAGCGGCGGCAAAGAUCAUGGCGCAGCCAAUCAUUCUGACGCACCAGAUGACGCUGCUGGUGCAGCAAAGCCUCGGAAUGGCAAGGGGAUGUUUGUUAGAAAGGCGCCGGAAAAGGCAGUAGCCGCACCGGAUGUCCUUCCAGCGAAACGGAAGCGGGGUCGCCCUCCCAAAUACCGCAAUGAUGAAAAGCAUGAGCCGGCUGUAGUUCCAUCCGACAGAAACGAAGACAGCAAGGCGGACACAAGCUCUCCACCACCCGCAAAGAAGCGAGGCCCAGGGCGUCCACCCAAGCACAGGCCUUUAGUUACUAGCAAACCGGAGCAAGCGGCAAAAAAUGGCAAAACGAACGUACAUGUGAUCGCACAACAAGAUGCGACACCCAAGAAGCGAGGCCCAGGGCGUCCUCCGAAGAAAAAGAACUUGGUCAAGCAUGACACCCACGAGCAUACCAGAAAGGAAACUGCCGAGCCCGAACCUCCUAAGAAGCGUGGCCCAGGACGCCCUCCCAAGCAUCCAAAGGCCGACGCACCAAAGAUUAGCAGCCCAGGCGAGGCAGCUCCACCAAAGAAGCGUGGCCCAGGGCGUCCUCGAAAGUCAGAGAGUCAAGCUGUUGCCGUUGCAGUUGCUGCCGCUGCUGCACAAGAGAGUCCUGCGCCUGUCAAGAAGCGAGGCCCAGGACGUCCGAGGAAGAGCGAAUGCCAGGAACCUAAGAAGCGUGGACCUGGAAGGCCCCGGAAAACUCCUAAGAAGGAUGAAGCAGACGAGGAGGUUGCCCGGAUUGAAAAAGAUGUUUUCAAAGUUACCAUGGUGAAUGGUUCUAGGCAUAGGAAGGAACCAAAUCGCUUUUCUCCGACAGACUUUGACGAAAGCGACUCUGAUAGUUCUGUCGACACAGGUGCCAACAGGAAAACUUCAGGGUCUACGCCAUUAAAGAAGUCUGAUCUUGGAGCUGAACACGCGGAGAAGGCUCGUCAAGUUGAAGUGGGUAUGAGAGUUUCUGUGUACUGGGGCGGGGAUCAGGAAUACUACCCAGGCACAGUGACGAAAGAGCGCAGCUACAGGAAAAAGAAAUUCUUCCUUGAAUACGAUGACGGCGAGUCAGAGUGGAUCGACUUUCAUAGAAACAAGUUCCAUAUUUUGACCCCGCCAAAAAAUCUUGAGAUUGUUGUAACGAGCCCAAAGGCAGAUGAGAAUGAUGCUGUUGAUGAUGAAGACGACAGUGACGACGACAGUGCCCCCAUCCGGCGUCGAAGCAGCGACGACGACACUGAUCCCAGUGUACGAUUUCGCAAUCGAAUGGAUAUGUCCGAUGUAAUGCUUCGAAUCAAAACCGGUUGCCGCGUUGAGGUUUUCUGGUCCGAGGACAAUUGUUACUACCCCGGCACGAUAACCAAACAACGCGACAAUAUCAUUCAAGCAAAGAAACCGUGGUUUCUGGAAUACGAUGACGGCGAGUCUGAAUGGAUUGAUCUGCGAGACCACGUUUUUCGCAUGAUCGCCGGAGCUGGCGAGGAGGCAGCUCCAACUCCUGUGGGUGACUCUAAUGUUCCCGAUCCAGCUACUGCCGACAAAGAAAAAAGGAAGCGAGAGAAGGAUGCCGACGAUUCAUCCUGCGGAAGGAAACAAAAGCGUCUGAAGAGAAAGAAUAGUGGCUGA